AUGACAUCAGUGUUCAACACCGAUGCUUCACUACCGUACAACCAUGAUUCAUUUGAAAUUAUGAAGAAGGGAAUAAAGGUGGGAGCGCCUACACCUCCAGACAAUUAUUCAGGCAAUCUGGAUAGAAACUGGCAACUAGAACGCUACUGGCACUGGUUGGCAGCCACACCUUGCAGCGUCUCUAACCGGGCACAGUGGGAAACAUUAAAGACGGUUAGUGCCAGGCAAACAAUUUACACGUGUUUGCAGGCAGAGGUCCCAGUUGGCGAGAUACUAUCUAAAGCUCUCCUGGGGCAUAAUGUCCAUCGUGUGCCGACGUUGUAUUGCUUUCGCUACUGGGCCAUAAAUCUGGUAACAU